GACCGGCAGUUCUAUCUCGGGCGUACGCGCCGCAGGGAGGUCAGCGAUUCUUCUUGUUGUCCACGUCGUUGUUAUCGUCGUCGCCGAUUGUCCGGUCGAGCGCAAUCUCUCGUCGCAGGACCAUCGACGAAUAUGUGGAAAGUGCGGUCGACGGGCGUCUGAAGAUGCAGCCUCGAUCGGCCCCUUCGUGCGGGACGGAAAUAAAGUCGCGUUCUCGUCCUCGCGCCGCUCCACGUUAUCGUCGUCGUCGUCGUGACGUCGGAACGCCGUUACCGCUCGCUGGCCUGCGAAUCGGUCCCUUGGGGCCAAAAACCGCUGAGGGAUGCUCGCGGAAAUGGUCCGGCUCUCCUACCAGCACAGGGCGUUCUAUUGCUACGUGAUUCUAAGCGUGUGGAUCUUCCUGCUGGUCGCUGGUAUGUAUAAAUAUAUCGGCGUAGAUGAGAAAACCUCGGUGCAAACGAGAGUCCCGAACAAUGAUUUGUCGCUACGGGAAUUCCCAAGGAAUUUAAAAUCGGAUGCAAAAACGAAGAAGAUCUUUCGUUUCUGCAAUCUGCCGCACGAGAUAGCUGCAGACACCGAAGGGAAGCUCGAUGGCAAUUUGACGCUGAGCGGCAUCCUGAUCUUCAUCCGUCACGGCGAUCGGGGUCCUCUGACGCACAUACGGAACAUAAGCAGCAUCAAUUGCGGGGGUGAACUCGGCACUGUGACCGAGCUCGAGACCAUCUAUGAGAACUACGUGAGCUUCGUGCAGAACGCGUCGAGCUACUCUCGGGCUGCCUGGGCCCAGUUCCUGGGUCCGUUCCACGGCCUCCCCGUGUUGCCGGCGAACACACGCGACUGCAGGAUCGGCCAGCUCACCACCCUCGGUAUUCUGCAGCUGUUGAAGACCGGAAUCGCACUGAGGAACGCGUACUACCACCGGCUCAAUCUCGGCAAUGGCACCUCCUUCGGCAAGGAUGUUAUCGUUUACAGCACUUCCUAUCGCAGGACCGUGCAGAGCGCGGUCGCGUUACUGUACGCACUCUUCGAGAACGACGGCUUCCAGAGUCUGGCGAGGAUCAGCCUACAGGAGAGCCAGAGCUAUGCGUUCUGCAGCAAUGAGUGCGCCUGUCCUGCCGCCGAGAAGUUUCUGAAACAGCACUUGAAGGAGACCUCCAACCAUCUGAAAUCCCAUCCGGCCGUCGGGGAGCUAAUCAAGCAGGCGGCGAGCGCCGUGUUCGAGCUUCCGGAUCAAGCGCAGACGUGCGAUCCGAACACGCUGAGGGAUGCCCUGUUAACGUACGUGUGUCACGGCUCCUCGCUGCCGUGCGCGGACCUCGACACCCAACGAACGUGCGUGAAAAGCGAUCACGUUACCGGAUUGUUCGCCUAUACGGAUUGGGAGUCGAAGCAGAUCGCCAAGAGCAGCAGCCGCAACAAGUACGGGCUGCUGAAGGCCUAUGGGAUGUUGCGCGGCAUCGUCACCUUCUUGCUACGCAUCAUCUCUGAGGCCAGGCCCAAGAUCGUCCUCUAUUCCGGCCACGACAAGACUUUAGAAUACCUCGCCACCGCUCUUGGUAUAGUCUCCGACGUGGCGACCCAUUACGCCUCGCGGCUCGUCAUCGAGGUCUACAAGAUCAAUCCACGGAACGACAAUCGCCUCGCCAGCGAUUUCUACUUCCGCAUCGUCGCCAACGGCCGGGACCUCACACCGAAGGUCCCGUUCUGUAGGAACGCAAACACCUACGUCAGCGACGACGGGGAAUUUAUGGGCAAGAAGCGCGUCAAGCUGUGCCCGAUAGAGACCAUCGUUAGGCAAUUGCACGACGAUUACUUCGUGCCGUUCAACGCGACGAACUUUAAAGACGCAUGUUCGAGUCAUAAGAUUCGCUAGAAUUAAUAGGUAUACUCUAGUUCGUGAAGCAAGAUCGAUCCGAUAGGAAAAUAGGUGAAGGAACGAGAGAGACAGACUCAUUUUCGGUGAUAGUAAAUAUCUUAUCCUUGAAAUUAGAACUUCAAGACUGUAGCACUUUUUUAGAUUCUCUUUUAUCUCUUUUUAUCCUGAAUAUAAUGGUUUAACCACUAUAUUCGUAAACAGUAAAUAUGAUGAGA